AAGUACAGGUACUCAAGUACAUCGGUUCAUGUGGAACAGUACCUCGUACCAGCUCUGCCAUAAGCUAGCUACCUGCUGGUACCAAGUUACCGUUCCUACGUCACAAGAUUCAACACUGACAGCUAGAGCGUCACUACGUUAGAGUACUCAUGCUUGUUUACUUUCGCUAGUAGACAAAGAUUGUCCCAAAUCACAAUUUGGAAAUCCUCUGGAUUCGGAGCAUCACAUAGGUACAAACAGAUGCUGUUUAACUCUUCUCMAGUUGGCCUGUUUCUUUUGGCGACAGCAUGGUCGCAACCAUGCUACGGAUUCCACGUUCGUCAGGAACAACCGAGAUUGCCAUGCUCAGCAAUAUCCUUGUUUCAAGAAUCCUCGUGCGGUUUCAUGGAGGAGAAAACCGACUCGUUUGACGCCAGCGUGUCUUCUAGGAGAGAUCUUUUUCGAAACUCCGCAGCAGUGGCAUUCGCUCUUUUGCUCAACGAAGGUUGUUCGAACCAGCCAGCAUUCGCCUUUGACGGUUCUGGGGCAUCGGCUUCCGCCGGAUACUCUCCGGCUACCAAGGCCGAAAAGAAAAAGAAAUUCCAGGAACGCGUCGCCGCGGAUGUCAAAGAUUUCAAGGCAUUGGGAAAAGCUAUAGACAAGGGAGAAACCGAUGGUCCGGAAUGGGUCAAUUUUUUCAUCCUCUUUCAGCGACGAGAACCCGACGAGGUCGGACGCACGUACGCCGCCCUCGCCGACCUGAGGGGCUUGCCGGGAAAAAAGAAAGGCGAAUACGAGGGUGGCGACGGCCUUUUGCUGGCUAACACUUUCACCAAACCGGGAAAGCCACCAGACAACACACCAGCCGUGAAAUCGUUCUUGAAGCUCUCCAAGACGUUUGAUGCGAUCGAAGCUGCCGGAAAAGCAAAGGAUGCGGCAAAAGCCAAAAAGGAAUGGCAAAAAACAAGUGAAUUGUUUUCACAGUAUCUUUCUGAUGUAGAGCUACCGGGCGAUUUGAAUGAUUCGUUGUACAAAUAAAUAAGUGCGAAGCAGUCUCAAGGGCAGACAUUUCCACACUCUGAACACUGCACAACUCAAAUUAAAAAGUAAACUGCCAC